AUGAAAUGUAUCUUGCACAUUUCUGUGCUAUUAUGUUUAACUUUUAUCCUAUCUAACACACAAGAAGCACCGUGUAAGUUACAGGGAAAAUUUGAACUGAGUGGAUUAUACAAAAGUGGAGAUAUUAUGCUUGGAGGGAUAUUUGUAGUUAAUUUUAAAACAAUACCUCCAGAGAUAGACUUCAGAUCUAAACCUGUACAAUGGAAAUGUGAGAGUUUUGAGUUCUCUGUAUUUCAAAAGGCACAAAUUAUGGCCUUUGCCAUUGAGGAAGUAAACAAAAGGACAGAUCUUCUUCCUAACAUAACACUUGGGUACCAACUAUAUGAUAACUGUGUAAGCUUACCAGUGUCACUGAGAGUAGCAACUACUUUGAUCAGUACAAUGGAAGAUGUGGUGCCUGACUUGAGCUGUAAUGGACCACCUCCAGUUGUCGCCAUCAUUGGGGAUCCACUUUCAGCACAUUCCAUUGCUAUUUCAAGAAUACUGAGCCUUUUCCAGAUGCCUAUGGUCAGUUAUUAUGCCACCUGCUCCUGCUUAAGCAAUAAGCAAGAAUUUCCAACAUUUUUUAGAACUGUUCCCAGUGAUGCUUUUCAGGUAAAAGCUGUGAUUCAGAUAAUCAAACGCUACGGAUGGACUUGGGUUGGUGCUAUUGCAACUGAUGAUGAUUAUGGGCAAUAUGCAAUAAAAAUCUUUCUUGAAGAAUUCCAGAAGUAUGGAUGUGUUUCUUUCAUAGAAACAGUUCCAUCUGUCACGGAAAACAAUAUUAUUAGACGCAUAGUAAAAUCUAUCAAGCAGUCAACUGCAACUGUUAUUGUUGUGUUUUCAUCAGAAGAAGAACUGAAUCCAUUAAUUAAAGAAAUAGUUCGACAGAAUAUUACAGGCAAACAAUGGAUUGCAAGUGAGGCAUGGAGCACUUCUUCUGUAAUAGCCAUUAAAGAAAAUUUUGUCUCAUUCGGUGGAGUCAUAGGCAUUGCUAUUCGCAGGGGUGAAAUUCCUGGACUUCAGGAUUUUCUACUGCAAAUCCGCCCAGAUUAUGACCUCAGAAACAAUCUGAUAAUUCAUUUUUGGGAAAAAACUUUUAGUUGUAAAUUUUUAGAAAAUGAAAAUACAACAAAUGCAUCCAGAAAUGACAGUUCUAAGGUCUGUACAGGAUUGGAAGAUAUAACCAGCACUUACACAGCUUACAAUGAUGUCUCAGAAUUAAGAUCUGCAUACAAUGUGCAUAAAGCAGUAUAUGCAUUAGCGCAUGCUCUUCAUAAUCUGAUGAACUGUAAUGAUGGAUAUGGGCCAUUUGAAAAUAAUACAUGUGCAAAUAUUAGAAAUGUACAGUCCUGGCAGCUUUUGCACUAUCUAAAGAAUGUAAACUUCACAAAUCAUUUAGGAGAAAGAGUGGCUUUUGAUGAAAAUGGAGACCCACUUGCAAUUUAUGAUAUAGUGAACUGGCAGCAAGAUUCAAAAGGAGCUGUUAAAAUUAAAUCCAUUGGCCUUUAUGAUGCUUCAUCCACUACUGGUGAUGAACUCCUAAUCAAUGAAGAGGAUAUCUUUUGGAAUUUUGAAUAUGGAUUGGUUGCUAAGUCUAUCUGCAGUGAAAGCUGCCAACCAGGAACUCGGAAAUCAGCUAGAAAAGGCGAGCCCUUUUGCUGUUUUGACUGUAUACCGUGUGCAGAUGGAGAAGUAAGCAUCGCAUUAGAUUCCACAGAAUGCUUCAAAUGCCCAGAUGAUUUUUGGUCUAAUGACAGAAAAACUGAGUGUGUUUUAAAAGAAAUUGAGUUUCUUUCAUAUGACGAUGCAAUGGGGGUCACCUUAACCACAAUCUCUGCAUUUGGAGCUUGCUUAUCAUUGAGCGUGUUAAUUAUAUUCAUCCACUACAGACAUACCCCAGUUGUAAAAGCCAACAAUUCUGAACUCAGUUUCCUUUUGUUGGUGUCACUAAUAUUGUGCUUUCUUUGUGCUUUGUGCUUCAUCGGAAAACCUUCAAACAUUACCUGUAUCCUCAGACAUGUUGCAUUUGGAAUCAGCUUUGUUUUAUGUAUUUCUUGUAUUCUUGUAAAAACUAUUGUAGUCAUAAUGGCAUUUAAUGCUACUCUGCCUGGUAAUAAUACCAUGAAAUGGUUUGGUGUUACCCAACAGAGGGGUACUGUUUUGAUUUUUACCUUAAUUCAGUCUGUUGUAUGUACUAUAUGGAUGGCCAUGACCCCAUCAAUUCCAACAAAAAACACUAGGUAUCAAACGGCCAAAAUUAUCUUUGAAUGUGACGUUGGGUCUGUGACAGGAUUUAGCUGCUUGCUGGGAUACAUUGGACUCUUGGCAGGUGCCUGUUUCGUCUUAGCAUUUCUUGCAAGGAAUCUGCCAGAUAAUUUUAAUGAAGCCAAAUUCAUCACUUUCAGCAUGCUCAUCUUUUGUGCAGUGUGGAUCACUUUUAUACCUGCUUAUAUUAGCUCUCCGGGAAAACAUACAGUAGCUGUAGAAGUUUUUGCUAUCUUAGCUUCAAGCUAUGGUCUUCUUUUUGCAAUAUUUUCCCCAAAAUGUUAUAUUAUAUUAUUUAAACCUGAAUUAAAUACUAAAAAAGCUCUCAUGGGCAGAGCUGUUACAACAAAAUAG